AUGCGCUCCGACGACAGCCCUGCGCGCCGCAGGCGAAGUGCCCGUCACGAAUGUCGACAGUGUCGGGUGACGCCGUCGUUCUUCCUAACAACGAUCGGCUCGACGCUAGCGGUCUCCCUUAUUGUGGCUACCGUCGCUGCCGCGGCAGUAUUGGCGCCACCGGGCCUUAAGAAGCCAUCACCGCCGCAGCAGCUGCCCAAUGUGCUGGCGUCGUAUACCACGUUCAACGAGACGGUGAACUUCACACACUUCGUGGUGGACACGGGCACGGGUCGCGUCUACGUGGGCGCCACCAACUGGCUGUACCAGUUCAACGCUUCGCUCGAACUCGAGGCCUCGGUGCAGACGGGGCCCGUCGAGGACAGCGUGCUCUGUUCCCCAUCGGACUGCAGUGGCGUCGAAGCCGAGCCCACCGACAACAUCAACAAGGUGCUGGUCAUCGAUUACAAGGCUCGCAAGCUGAUCGCCUGUGGUAGCAUACACCAGGGAGCCUGCCGCCGGCAUGACCUCGAUGACAUCACGCAGCAGGAGGCCCUCGUCAUAAUUCCCGUAGCGGCCAACGACCGAAACUCGUCCACGUACGCGUUUGUGGGACCGGCGCACUACCACGGGGGUCGAGGCCCGUCUCGAGUCAUGUACGUGGCCACGACCAAUAGUCGCCAGGGCCCGUACCGGGAUAUGGUGCCGUCCAUCUGCAGCCGGAGCCUCGACGUACCCGGUGGCCGUAGGGGCACCCUCGGGGGUUCGUCAGACCAACCAUUAUUCGCCAUCAUCGAGCAGUCCUUCUCGGCAACAGCGCGCGUCGACAUUGCAAAUCACAUCAAGGAUUACUACCUCGUCCACUACGUGUACGGCUUCCACACAGAGCACUUCGCCUACUUUGCCACUGUUCAACGGAAGAGCCACUUGAGGGCAUCCGAAGAGCUGGGCUACGUCAGCCGACUAGCCCGCGUCUGCACUUCGGACCCGGCCUACAGCACCUACACCGAAGUGACUCUCCAGUGCCUGGGCCCAGAAGGCACGGAUUACAAUCUUCUCACCGACGCUGGUGUCAUGGCGGCCGGUGAAGACGUUGCCGAUGAACUGGGACUGGAGCCUGGUUCCUCGGACUCUCGAGUUCUCGUCGGCUUGUUCGUCGUGAGCGCCGACCACACAACGAGGCCCAGCCGUCGGUCCGCCAUUUGCUUGUUCUCCAUGACAGACGUAGAGCAGAAGUUCACCGAGAAUGUCCACAUGUGCUACAAUGGCAGUGUCCUCACCAGAAACAUGGACUAUAUCGCAGGAAGCAUCAACCAGUGCCCGGAGCCCGGGAAAGCGGGAAACAUCCUCAACUUCUGCAAUGAGACAGUAAAGCUGAAUGGAUCUGUUCCGAUUUCUGCAAGGGCUGCCAUCACGUAUCCCAACGACACGCUGACAUCCCUGGCCACUGUUCUUGUGGGGCACCACAACGUUCUCUUCGUUGGAACUGCUGAAGGUACCCUUAAGAAGAUUCUUGUUACUGGAGCCACGGCUGCUGAAGAGUUUGAGCAAGUGCCAUUAGAUCCCGGGCACAAGAUUAUUCCACAGAUAUACGUGGACGCUACUCAGAACUUUCUCUUCGCUGUUUCUAUCUACAAGGUCAGCAAGGUUCGCAUCGAGAAGUGCCAGCAGUACGAGACCUGUGAAUCGUGCCUCGCUUCCCGCAAUCCCUUUUGUGGCUGGUGUUCUCUGGAAAGGAGGUGCACCGUGAAGGCCCACUGCCAGAACGCCACCAGGACGUUGGCUGAGAGAAGCAGCUCGGCGCGUUGGCUCUCCCUUGGCUCGAAUAAGUGCAUCGACUUUCUCGCUGUGCGGCCAGACCAACUGCCCUACAAGUCCAUGUCGAUGGUGGACUUGGUGAUCAACCAGCUUCCGCAACUUCCUUAUGGCGCCCACUACCUUUGCGUGUACGGCAGCAGCGCUCCGAUUCAAGCACGCGUUACGCACUUGGGCCUCGCCUGCAUGUCUCCGCUGGUUGCAGCCAGACCAUCCAUCCCGCCAGGAAAAGAUCACGUCGCUGUGGACUUGGCGGUGCGCUCAAGUGAGACAGACACCGAUUUUAUUCACAGAGAGUUUGUCUUCUUCGACUGCAGUGUUCACAAAACGUGCAAGUCCUGCGUGAUGAGCUCAUGGCCCUGCAACUGGUGCCUCCACGAGAAUUCGUGCACAAGCAACGCAACAGACUGCGCACGUCGCGUUAUCAUUGGAGAAAGCAACUCACACAACUCGCUCAUCAAAGGUCGACAGCACUGUCCAAGUUUCAGCAUCGACGAUGAAAUUCUCCUCCCACAUGAGGCACGCAAGGAAAUUGCCGUUGAAGUAAGAAAUAUACUGACACCCCUGGUAAGCUUUCAAUGUAUUGUUGAAAUUGAAGGUGCCAGAGAACGAGUGUUUGCUCGACUCCGAGACAACAAAGUCAUCUGCACGGAAAGCAUGUACACGUACCAGGCGGAGCAAGGUGAACUGCAAGCGUCCCUGACUGUGCUGUGGAAUGGUGAUACGUUCAUCGACAAGACCAACGUGACGUUGUACAAGUGCCUGUUGCUGGGCAGCCACGGUGGCCGCCAGGAUUGCUCACUGUGCCUGACGCGCGACAAGCGCUACCAGUGUUCCUGGUGCGGAGGGUCGUGCAACUACGGACCAUCGUGCGUCGAGCCAGUCACCACCUCGUGUCCACCGCCACGGAUCGACUGGAUACAUCCUCUUAACGGACCCGUGGAAGGCGGUACUUUGGUCACUAUUGAAGGUAGCAACCUUGGAACGAGCGAGGAGGAAAUAAGAGACAAGAUCCUCGUUGGUGGCCUGCCUUGCGUGCCUGUGGAGUACAACGUGUCUGUCAGGGUUGUCUGCCGAACACAACCAAGCCCCCAUGGUGCACAAGCGACGUACGUGGUCAUCGGGAAUCGUGCCGGCAUCACUAAGGCACAAGAAAAGUUCCACUACAAGCCUGUGGAGCUGACCGGAGUGCAGCCCCGCGUGGGACCCCAGUCGGGCGGUACUCGUCUGUACCUGAACGGAACCAAUCUGAAUGUCGGCAGCCACGUCAGCGUUUACCUGGACGACAUCGCAUGCCACGUCGAAAGGUCUCUGGCAAGUAGCAGCCAAAUCAGCUGCCGGACGUCCAGGUCUCCGUAUCCGUCGUACCAAGUUUCGCAGCUGAUCCUACGCAUUGACGGUGCCAACCUGACCCUGAGCAACCCUUUCUUUUACACCGAGGACCCUUCCUUGCACAGGAUUCAACCACUCAAAAGCUUCCUCAGUGGCGGCAGACACAUCCAUAUUUACGGAACCAACCUGACGUCUAUCCAGCAACCACGUAUGGCGGUGUUCAACAGGUUUCGCCAAGUAAACGAAACGUCAUGCCACGUGUUGAACGCCUCCGUCAUGGUCUGCCCUUCUCCGGCGGUGCUUACGAAAGUAUUCUCUGAGACUGGAUCCGAAGUCGAAGAGCUGGAUGCUGUGAGGCUUCGCAUUGGCUUCAUAAUGGACGAUGUUCGAUCAGUGCAGGAAUUGAACAAAUUCUACCCCGAUGUGGCCUCCGACCUGACCUACGUUUCUGACCCUCGCUUCUUUCCCUUUGACAACGACGGUGUAAAACUUUACAAGGGAGAGCCACUCGUCAUUGAGGGCGAAAUGCUUCGCUUGGCCACUACAGAGCCUGAAAUCAAUGUUACCAUUGGCACACGACCGUGCAACCUAACAUCACUCAGCAUGAGUCAGCUGGUCUGCGUUCCCCCGGAUGUUCAGCCACCAAGCACCGAUGAAAUCGGCCACCGGACAGAGAUAGACUUGCCCGUUGUUGUGGUACGAGUGGGAAACAACCUUCGCUAUGAAGUCGGCUACUUGCGCUACGAAGUGGCUAAAAUCUACGAGUUCCCGCCGGAGACUGUUGGAGCCAUCGCAGCCGGUGGAACAGUGCUGAUGCUCCUAAGCCUCGUGACACUGGCCAUACUGAAGCACAAAAACUCACAGGCCGAGAGGGAGUACAAGAGGAUCCAACUACAAAUGGACACACUAGAAAACAGCGUACGGUCCGAGUGUAAACAAGCGUUUGCGGAACUACAGACUGACAUGACGGACCUCAACAACGACAUUCAGGCGACGGGGAUACCAACCUUGGACCACAAAACGUACAUUAUGAAAGUGUUCUUCCCAGGUGUACCAAACAGUCCUAUUUUGCAGGAAGUCAAACAAAUCAAUGGUCCUUACAACAACUAUGAGGUCGCGAUGACGAAUUUCGAGAUGCUGAUCAACAACAAGAAUUUCCUACUGACGUUCAUCGAUACCCUAGAAAACCAGAAUACAUUCAGCAUAAGAGACAAGGUGAACGUAGCGUCCCUUCUCAUGAUAAUAUUACUUGACAAAAUGGAAUAUGCCACAGACAUACUGAGAGAGCUUCUUACCCGGCUCGUGGAAAAGUAUGUUGGCACGAAACAUCCUCAGCUUAUGCUCAGAAGGACCGAAUCUGUCGUUGAAAAGAUGCUAACAAACUGGAUGGCGCUGUGCAUGUAUGGUUACAUAAAGGACCAUGCAGGAAGGUCUCUCUUCCUUCUGUUCAGCGCCAUAAAACACCAAGUUGAGAAGGGCCCGGUGGACGCUGUGACGCACGACGCUCGCUAUUCACUCUCCGAAGAGAGACUGCUGCGGGAGCAGAUCGAGUACUCCACCGUGGUCAUUCAGAUUGUUCAAGAAGAUCAGGACGAAAAAGUCUUCUGUCGCGUCAACGACUGCGACGCAAUCAGCCAAGUAAAAGCCAAAGUAUUGGACGCCCUCUACAAGAAUACACCUUGCUCAAUGAGGCCGCUGAUAUCAGAGAUUGACCUCGAAUGGCGGCACGGAAGAGGCGGUCACCUUAUUCUGCAAGACGAGGACCUCACCACGAAGACGGUUAGCGGAUGCCAGAAACUGAACACGCUCGCCCACUACGGCAUCCAUGAUUCUGCAAUUAUGAGUCUCGUCAACAAAAAAAGGCGAUACUGCAAAAACGGCACGUCUACGUAUGGGCCAAUCAACACGCUUCCUGCACGGAACAACAAUUACGAGGCUCAAUACGGCAGCACUGUGAAGUAUUGGCACUUGGUUAAACCCCUCGAUGAGCGUCAGGAGUCUCUGCAGGACCAGCGGCACAAGUCCAUUCCAGAAAUAUUCCUCACCAGGCUGCUUUCCACAAAGGGGACUAUACAGAAGUUUGUCGACGACUUCCUGCACAACAUUCUUACUGUCAACGAUGCACUUCCUUGUGCCGUCAAGUGGCUCUUCGACCUGCUGGACACAACUGCCUCCACCUACGGCAUUGUCGACGCGGAGGUGUGCCACGCGUGGAAAAGCAACAGCUUGCCCCUGCGAUUCUGGGUGAACCUAGUCAAAAACCCCGACUUCAUUUUUGACAUCGACAAGACGCCCAUUUUAGACGCUUGUCUUUCCGUGAUUGCACAGACAUUCAUGGACGCCUGUUCAACGACAGAGCACAGACUUGGAAAGGAUUCUCCUUCCAACAAAUUAUUAUUUGCAAGAGAUAUUCCAAGUUACCGAAGACUUGUGAGCAAGUUCUACCAGGAUGUGGCGGCCUUGCCUCAAGUUUCUGACCAGGAGAUGAGAGCUGCUAUGCAUGCGCUGUCGGUGGCGCAUGCAGGAGAAGUUGAUGUCCUGAAUGCCUUGAAAGAAUUGUAUAUUUACGUAACAAAGUAUUCUGAGCAGAUUCUGGAGGCACUCGAAGAUGACGAGGUGUGCCAGGAGCUCCAGCUGGCGCAAAGGCUAGAAACUGUUGCGUGCACAUUGAGCGCUGAGCGAACUUUGUCGUGCUAGAGACCAGCAUCUGAGUGACCUGUUAUAACGCAUAAGGAACCCGGCUAUCUUCGUUCCAAGGCGCACAAAUGAUUGUCUCCUACAUCUUGGGGCCUUCGGCGAAAGCGACCGUUGAAGUAGCAAGCGUCGGACACUGUCAGUGAAGCCAUGUGAUCAACCUCCAAUUGUACAGAACUCGACGAUGAUGUUUCUCAUUGUGGUGCUUGCGACGUUGACUUUCUUUUUCACUAAGAGGGGAAUUUUCGAACACUGGCGGAAUUUACUUCCCGCUCUAACAGCGGAGGCCAGCGGCAUGGUGUCACAUAGAAUUGUCCGUGCGUAUAUGUGUGAGUUUUUUUUUUCUUUUCCAGAGAACCCACAUUCGUGCCUGAGUGUGCGCUUAAGCGCCAGUAUAGGCCAAGCUGGCAACUCUCUGGCUGAAUCAGAGCAUGAGGUGCAUUCCAGCCACUGUGCACCACACAAGGAGGCAGGGUGUUUUGUACAUUUCAUAGCACGCAUAGCAAUGUCACGUGCGGUUCAAAGCAAGCAACUCGCGUUGCAACGUUGUUUACACUCGAAGGGGGGAAGUGCUUCGGCUCUCAAUUUCGUACCUGGGUAGCACUCUUUAAAAACUUUAACAAUGUGGUAGUAACGUACAUAUUUGUUCUCAUUUCCAAGUUUUCUAUUCACAGAAACGUACUCUUUAAGGAGCAAGAUUUAGUGUCCGAAAAUUCUUCAUUUCUGAAGCACAGCAGGAGUAGCUCCUACAAAAGAUACAUGCUGUCAUUGACAGAAAUGGGCUGUCAUGGUUUCACAUUACCUUCUGUAAGCUGUCCAGUACUUAUAAUGAAUUUAUUACCCUACAUCUUAUUCCGUCACAACCGUUGUCCGGAUUUAGUUCGUUGCAGAAAAAAUCUAAGUAAGGUACAAAAAUUACAAGCUCAUUUGAAAAAAGUCGACAAUUCAGAAGAAUCAUGAUCAAUUUGCUGUUGCGACGCCGUGAAAACGUUUCCGUGCCUGCGGACAUCUAUCAGUAUUGUAUCAAGGCAUCAAGUCUUAUAAUUAUUACCGUAUAAGACUCUGAACCGCAAAUUUACGUGUAUCAAGCACCGUGUCGUCCUUAAUGAUUGACGUGAGAAAUACUUGCGGUGCUGGCAUUUCUCAGUACGACGAGAAAUGAGCGCAGCUCAUUACAAACGCACGAUGCAGAAGUUCUCUUUCGAUGAAGAACAACACCACGUGCAAGACUUUGGGCGGCGAGCGUUUCAUUGCCAGAAACAGGGUCCUACAUGUUCUGUUUGUGCAUGUCCUAUGCACCUGUAAUUUAUCUCACGGUUCAGCUGCCUUGUCGAUGUUUGCUGUCGUGACCGCGUCAAAUGCAGCCAUGAAGAUGCGAGUGUUGUGCAUGGCUAAGGCGUAGUGCUCUAUCAUUUGUUUGUAUAGGGAAGAGUGCUUUGUCUUCUCACAGUCACCUUCGUCGCAUGCGGCAAUGUGGGCGAAGAUAGUUUUCAUUUCGAGGCUAUUUUUUUACGAAAAGUAAAAAGAAACUUAAGCACAUUUAAGCCUAUGUGAAAUAUGCUGUGAAUAAAGAGUACGACCGCUCUAGGUACUACUGUAAAUCACA